AUGCGUAGAAAGAGAAACACAGAGAUCGUAGAGAAAGAAGAGCGCCCCAGACCAAGCCGCCCGGUGGUGCCCCCAUUGAUCCCCCCAAAGAUCCCGGAAGGGGAACGUGUGGACUUCGAUGACAUCCACCGGAAGCGCAUGGAGAAAGACCUGCUGGAGCUGCAGACGCUCAUCGACGUGCACUUUGAGCAGCGCAAGAAGGAGGAAGAGGAGCUCAUUGCGCUGAAAGACCGCAUUGAGCGGCGCCGGGCGGAGAGAGCUCAGCAACAGCGCUUCAGGACCGAGAAGGAGCGGGAGCGGCAGGCCAAGCUGGCGGAGGAGAAAAUGCGGAAGGAGGAAGAAGAGGCCAAGAAGCGAGCUGAGGAUGAUGCCAAGAAGAAGAAGGUCCUGUCCAACAUGGGGGCCCAUUUCGGGGGCUACCUGGUCAAGGCAGAACAAAAGCGGGGUAAGCGCCAGACGGGGCGGGAGAUGAAGCUUCGCAUCCUGUCUGAGCGUAAGAAGCCUCUGAACAUCGACCACCUGGGAGAGGACCAGCUCCGGAACAAGGCCCAGGAGCUGUCCGACUGGAUCCACCAGCUGGAGUCGGAGAAGUUCGACCUGAUGGAGAAGAUGAAGCAGCAGAAAUAUGAGAUCAACGUGCUCUACAACCGCAUCAGCCACGCCCAGAAGUUCCGGAAGGGGGCAGGGAAGGGCCGCCUUGGAGGCCGCUGGAAGUGAGAACGGGGUGGUGGGGCACCCCGACGCACCAGGAGCCCUUGGAGCACUUGUCCCACCUGUCUCUUGAAAUAAAUGCUCUGCCUGUGGGCACCUGCUGA